AUGGCUCCCAGAAUUCUGCUCUCCGGAGAUCCUCUCGGACGUCUCAAUCAGCUCUUCAAGCGAGUUAACAAAUCGGCAGGUCCAUUCGACGCUCUGCUUUGCGUCGGUCAGUUUUUCCCCGAUUCUCCGGAGCUUCUAGAUGAGUUUUUGGAUUACGUUGAAGGCAGAGCUCAAGUUCCGAUUCCUACUUACUUCAUCGGCGACUAUGGCGUCGCCGCUCCUAAAGUCUUAUCGACGACUUCGAGAAAAGCUGAAAAUCAAGGGUUUAAGAUGGAUGGACUCGAGGUUGCCCACAAUUUGUUUUGGUUAAGAGGAAGUGGAAAGUUCACUCUUCAUGGUCUGUCUGUUGCUUACUUAUCUGGUAGGCAAUCAUCUGAAAUCCAAUUUGGGAAAUACAGUCAAGAUGAUGUUGAUGCUCUUCGUGCACUUGCUGAGGAAUCUGGAGUGGUUGAUUUAUUCUUAACAUAUCCUUUUUUGAAUUUUGUAUUGCUUGAUGAGAUUGGAACUGUGGUUGUUCUGUUUUAUACUAAUGAAUGGCCUAUGGGAGUCACGAAGAGAGCUGCGGUUGCUGAUAUUCCUGCAGACGUUUCUGAUUCCUCUUGUAGUGAUUUCACUGUUUCGGAAUUGGUGAUGGAACUUAAACCUCGCUAUCACAUUGCAGGUUCUAUGGGGGUGUUUUAUGCCCGUGAACCUUACCUCAACGUUGAUUCUAAUCACGUAACACGAUUUCUUGGUCUUGCUCAAGUUGGAAAUAAAAACAAACAGAAAUUUCUUCAUGGGCUUUCUCCUACACCAUCAUCCACCAUGUCACCAUCAGAGCUUAGUGCAAAGCCUCCAAACACUACACUCUGUCCUUAUAAUUUACAAGAGGGAGCUACUGAAUCGAAGAAGAGGUCAAACGAAAGUGACUCUGAUUUACAAUAUUGGAGGUAUGAUGUUGCGAAGCGGCAAAAGAAUGGAUCUGAAGGGGAAAAGCUCUGUUUCAAAUUUGUAUGCUCAGGGUCCUGUCCUCGUGGGGAAAAUUGCCAUUUCCAACACAACGCUGAAGCAAGAGAACAGUGUCGCAGAGGUGUUUGUCUUGAUCUUAUCAUCAAAGGUAAGUGUGAAAAAGGCCCAGAGUGCAGCUACAAGCAUGAGUUUCAGGAUGAAAGUAUACAAAGGAAACCCAGAUCUGAAAAUGCUAAUAGGUCGAGAGAAUGCUGGUUUUGUCUAUCAAGCCCAAGUGUGGAGUCCCAUUUGAUCGUCAGUAUUGGGGAAAGUUUUUAUUGUGCUCUACCCAAAGGUUCACUAGUUGAUGACCACAUAUUGAUAAUCCCAAUCGAGCAUUUGCCCAAUACUCUGCUUUUAUCUCCUGAAGGUGAAUCAGAGCUCAGUAGAUACCAAAAUGGUCUGAGAAAUUGUUAUAAGAGCCAAGGAAAUGAUGCAGUUUUCUUUGAAUUGGUCUCGAAACGUGUUUCUCAUGCUAACCUCCAGGUUGUUCCAGUUCCAUCAUCCAGAGCUCGUCUUCUGCCUAAUAUCUUUAGUCUGGCUGCUGAAAAAUUGGGAUUUAAGCUUGUGACAAAUAAGUUUAGUGAUAGUUCUGAUGGCAGAAAAUAUCUGCAGAAGGAAUACAAUGCAGCUUUGGGUCUCUUCUAUGUGGAACUUCCUGAUGGAACUGUGUUAUCACACACUCUGGAAGAGAACGAAGUAUUUCCUGCACAAUUUGGGCGGGAGGUUCUUGCAGGGUUGCUAAAGAUUCCAGAUAGAGCCGACUGGAGGAACUGUAAGAUUAGCCAAGAAGAGGAGGCAAAGCUGGCCGAAGAAUUCAAGAAACAAUUUCAAGAAUUUGACCCUUGCCAAUAA